UAAAAAAUGGCGGCCUUCUUCAAAUUUCUCUCCGCAGCACUCUUCACCAGUCUGACGAUCUCUGCAACUAAUUCCGCCAUGGCUGCAGCAGCAUCAAGCUCUGGUACGUCUCCACCAAUCAAAGGCGCCUAUUACCCUUCCUGGCUACAAUCCUCCUUCCCAAUUUCUUCCAUCAGACCUCGCCUCUUCACCCACCUCUACUACGCUUUCCUCUCGCCGGAAACCGCCACAUUCCGCUUCCAAAUCGACCCCCAAACCGCCGCCUCCCUCCUCAACUUCACCUCCUCCGUCCACUCCAUCUCCCCUCCCGUAAAAGCCCUCUUCGCCGUCGGCGGCGCCGGCGCCGGCGCCACCGCCCUCCUCUCCGCCAUGGCCGCCGACUCCUCUUCCCGCGCAAACUUCAUCCUCUCCGCCAUAGAACUUUCCAGAAAGUUCCAAUUCGACGGAAUCGAUUUAGAUUGGGAAUACCCUCAGAACCCCGCCGAAAUGACCAAUUUAGCCUCCCUACUCCGGGAGUGGCGCGUGGCGAUUGCCGCGGAGGCCGCCGCCACUUCCCGGCCGCCGCUCCUCCUCACCGCAGCCGUCUACUUCUCCUCCCAACUCUCCCUCUCCGGCCCCCUCCGCGCCUACCCGGCCCCCGCCAUCGCCGGCAAUUUGGAUUGGAUCAACGUCAUGAAUUACGACUACCACGGAGGGUGGGACCCGACGGCGACGGGCGCCCACGCGGCGCUGUUUGAUCCGACUUCGGGAAAUCUCAGCACGAGCUCCGGCCUCCGGUCGUGGAUCGAGGCCGGAGUUCCGGCGAGCAAGGUGUGCAUGGGGAUGCCCUUGUAUGGGAGGACGUGGCAGCUCAAGGACCCUCGAUUGUCCGGGAUCGGGGCCCCUGCCGUCGAUGUGGGCCCCGGGGAGAAUCGGUCCGGCGUGCUUACUUACGCCGAGAUAGUAAAGUUCAAUCGGGAGCACAAGGCCAAAGAAAUUUACGAUCCGAAAACCGUGUCGGUUUAUUCUGUUGCGGGAAAUUCGUGGAUCGGGUACGACGAUGCUAUGUCAGUUUCUGUUAAAGUUUGGUAUGCUCGGGGGCUUAAACUUCGAGGAUACUUUUUUUGGGACGUGACUGGAGAUUAUAAAUGGAAAAUUUCGAAGACGGCUUCGAAGAUUUUGUCUACGUGAGGACAUACAUAUUGGAGCAUUAGUCGUCGCAUUGUCCCUUUUUUAUUGAUAUAUAUGCUUUUUUUAUUUAGUGAAAUGUUCAUUGAAUAAACUUUCGAUUAAAAGUAUAAUAG